AUGCUGAAGCGUGGGUGGCGCCGGGUUGCCCUGGGCGCCGUGUGGGGGGUCAAUCCGCUCUUAACUUCAAGGCGACGACAUGCAACGGCAGCACUGCCGUCGGACGUAAGUGCGAGCCCGCGCCGCGUGCGACUUGUUUCGUCUACGUCGACCUUUGGCGCCGGGGCAGAGCCACUGCCAGUUGAUGUGGAUGCGCCAUCGGCCGAUCCAAACGAUCCCUACGGGCAUCUGCGUAUCUACCGCAAGGAUAUGGUGUCAGACGUCGGUGGUCGUGCGUUUCAACUCAGCGUGGAUGUGCCGCUAAAAAAGUUUGUGGAUUUCUUUAGCGAUUUUGACGGUAAGCGAUGCAAACUGUGCAAUGAGAGUUACAUGCAGUGGCACAGCCAUAGCGGGGUGAUUCCCCAUUCAGGGCGGGAGGCGCUGAUGCUCGAGAUGGUGCGUGCUUACUGUGGCACCCCUGAAGAGAUUGCCAGGAUGUGGUGGCACCGCCUCAACACCUCCACCGUAUUUAAUCGUAUUCCUUCCCUGAGCCAUGACAACAGUCAUAUCCGUAAGCGUCGGCUGCAGUAUCUUCUUCAGUUUUUGAAGGACCGGGAUGUUAUUCGUGACACCUUUAAUGUGCAACAGAGUGCCGGAGGCGCUGGUCGAUCCUGGGAAUUUGAGCGCCUGGAGUGGAUUGGAGACAACGUGGUGAAGUACGUCUUUAAUGACCGCUUCAAUGUCCUCUUUCCAGUGCGUGAGGGUGGUAUCCGUGGUCGCUUGGGCUACGCGCAGUUUAUGAUUGACGGCAAUGAUGGGCUGGCGAGAGCGUAUGACCAUCUUGAGUUGCAGAAGUUGACGCUAAGCGAUCGCGUUGUAAGCAAAUUCAAGAGUGAUGUUGUGGAGACGCUCUUUGGGGAGCUGCAGUUGUUUUUGUGGGCCUCGGAGACGGACGUUGGCACCACCUACUUUGCCUUGCCCUUUACUUCGGAGAUGCUGCCUCUCAGGGCGCUGGUGUGGCACGUGAUGGAGGAGCUGGCGCAUGUCAUGUUCAUGUACCACGUUGACCACAUCCUCGCCGCAAUUCAACGCAUUGUUCGGGAGCAUCAGCUGCAGUUUAUCCGCGCCGAUCCGUCCCUCCGCGGUCACACGGACCUGCAAAAUGAGCUGGCGAGCACCUUGUACGCCAAGCGGAGUUUGACAGGAUCGGGAAAGCUGACGCCGACAAAGAUUUCCCCCAGUUCGCGCUUCAAAGACGGUCUCGCCGCGCUGUACCACGAAUCCUCUAAUUACGAGGGGUUUAAGCGUGUGAACGCACUCGGCGGUCUUUUGCCACGUCCCUUCUCCCGCGAGGAACUAUCGGUGACGCCGUCCUUCCUGCCGCACCUGCAGAACGAUGAGGCGAUGACCAGCCGGGUUCCGUCGGGCUGGUGGUCAAACCUGCUGCGCGCGACGGAGGAGGAGAAGGAGGCGGUGGAACGGCAAGAAGUGCUUUCUUCCCCGCCACCACCAUCGCCGCAUGCCGCCGUGACACCGACACCACAACCGCGCUCAGACACGGCGGUCAGUGCCAAAUUAAACGUGCCGGAGCUCAAAGAUAACCAUUUGGUGGCGGAGUUGGUAUAA